ACCAUUGAAAAUACUGUCGGCUUCCACCAGGCAAAGACCAUUACCUGUCCCUCUCUCAUCCAUCUCUCUCUUCAGUUCGCUUCAUCUUCGUCAAAAACCCUAAUAAUUGGUGCCCACUAAUCGAUCAAUUGGAGCUGGGAUGCCUCUGAAGUGAUAGCCCAUCAAGCUGUUUUCUUGAAAUGGAGGAUUUUUCCUGCGCUUUAGCGGGGAGCAUUGACAUUUUCUUGAAUCUCUGAGAUCUAUUUCUCGUAGCUGCGGUGUUGGGUAGAAGCAGGAUUUGACAUUUGUUUGAGCAAUAAUCAUACAAACUAGCAAGGCUUCGGAUUUUCUACUUAAUGGCACAUCUUGUGGCAAAUCAGUUCAAUAAAGGGACCUAUCCAGGGUCUUCACAUGAUCCUUUGUACAAGGAACUCUGGCAUGCUUGUGCUGGACCAAUUGUGACACUUCCUCGGGAAGGGGAAAGGGUUUAUUACUUUCCACAAGGUCAUAUGGAACAGCUUGAAGCAUCCACCCAUCAGGGAUUGGAUCAGAAGCUUCCUUCAUUUAACUUGCCAGAUAAAAUUCUGUGCAAAGUAAUGAAUGUUUAUCUUCGGGCUGAACCCGACACGGAUGAGGUUUAUGCUCAGAUAACUCUGCUUCCUGAAACAAAUCAAAGUGAGAUUACAAGCCCUGAUCCUCCUCUGCCUGAACCAGAACAAUGUAAUGUCCAUUCGUUCUGCAAGACACUCACUGCAUCUGAUACUAGCACCCACGGUGGAUUUUCUGUUCUUAGGAGGCAUGCCGAUGAGUGUUUACCCCCACUGGAUAUGUCUCAACAGCCACCAUGGCAGGAAUUGGUUGCUACAGAUCUUCAUGGCAGCGAAUGGCACUUUCGUCAUAUUUUUCGAGGUCAACCUAGGCGUCACCUACUCACAACAGGGUGGAGUGUUUUUGUUAGUGCAAAGAAGUUAGUUGCUGGAGAUGCCUUCAUCUUCCUCAGGGGUGAAAACGGAGAACUUCGGGUUGGAGUUAGAAGGCUAAUGAGACAGCUGAACAAUAUGCCGUCUUCUGUUAUAUCAAGUCACAGUAUGCAUCUAGGAGUUCUUGCCACUGCAUCCCAUGCCGUCUCAACUGGGACUCUUUUCUCUGUUUUCUACAGGCCAAGGACAAGUCGAUCUGAGUUCAUUGUGAGCGUAAACAAAUAUAUUGAAGCUCAAAACCACAAGCUCUCUGUUGGGAUGAGAUUUAAGAUGAGGUUUGAGGGCGAGGAAGUCCCUGAAAGAAGAUUCAGUGGGACCAUUGUUGGCCUUGAAGAUGAUACACCAUCUAGAUGGCCUGAUUCUAAGUGGAGAUCUCUUAAGGUUCAAUGGGAUGAACCAUCUUCUAUAGUGCGCCCUGAUAGGGUUUCGCCAUGGGAGAUUGAACCUCUUGUCACUUCAACACCUCAAAUGCCCCAGCUUUCACAAAGGAACAAGCGCUCACGCCCAUCAGCUUUACCUUCUUCUGCACCUGAAUUCUCUUCAUUAAGUAUGAUUCUUUUUCUUGGAAAAAUAUAUGCAAAUGCUCCCAAGAACUCGAGAUUUUAUAAAAAUACUCUAAAAUUACAUAAUUAUCAUCUCGGGAGACUCAGAGGAAGUAGUAAGUGUGUAACACUACGUAGAGCACCCUGUCUGGACUUUCCAUCCUCUAAACUCACUUCUGGUUCCAAGGCAAAUGAGAGUUGUUCUGGUAAACCCAAAGCGGACUAUAUUGCCCCUGUUAGUGAAAAGAAGCAAACUAAUGGCUGCAGACUGUUUGGGAUUGAGUUGGUGGACCAUUCCACCGUUUCUGUGCCUCAAACUAUUACGGAGAAUUGUCCCCUUGUAUGUGUAGAUGCUGAAUCUGACCAACAGUCUGUACCCUCAAACCCCUCCAGAUCUGACGCUCAGGAAAAUAGCUCGGUGCAUGAGAAAUCACAAUCAAGGUCUCUCCAUGAGUCCCAAAGCAAGCAAACUAGGAGCUGUAUCAAGGUUCACAUGCAAGGGAAGGUGGUUGGGAGAGCUGUAGAUCUUACACGGUUUGACGGGUAUGAAGACCUGCUCAGGAAAUUUGAGGAGAUGUUUGAAAUUGAAGGUGAAUUGUGUGGAUCAUCAGUCAAGAAAUGGCUGGUUGUCUACACGGAUGAUGAAGAUGAUGUGAUGAUGGUUGGGGAUGAUCCAUGGCAGUUGAGUCACUUCAUUGUUUCUUCUCUUUUGCACUUAUCAACCAACUCUGGCUUUAAAAUUGAGUUCUGCAACAUGGCCAGAAAGAUCAACAUCUACACCAUUGAAGAAGCAAAGAUGCUCUCUCCUAAGAUAAAGCUUCCUGCCAGUGAGGUGAGGUCAGGCAAACCAGUUUCAGACUCUUCUGUUGGCACUGAGGAACUGAGGUAAGGCGUGGGACCAGUCACUAUUGCCCUUAACGGCUGCUAAGGAAAACAUAAUAAUGAUGGCUAUUUGUGGUUCUGGUGGUGGCGCGGGACCAGUUUCGGACACCUGAUUUAGCUUCUUUUUUGCCUGUAACAAAGCAGUAGCUAGCUUAGCAGGGUGGGUCCCGUACCGAUUUGGGUAUCUAUUAGCGUAUGGUUUUUGUCCGGCGAGAAUCUGGUAAUGGUUUCUUGUUUGAACCUUAGAUUAGAUUGUAGAAGAUUGUCUGCAGCCUCUAAUGGGAGGAGAGGGGGAUGGACAGAAACAACUAUUCUUCUUCCUUUUUUUGUGUUUUUUUUGCUGUUUCUAACUUUCUUUUAUCUUUGGGCUAUUUUUGUACAAAACCUUGUGGGUGAGACUGCCUAGUGGCUUGGUUUUUGGCUUGUUUUGUAAAUAUGAUGUUUUAUUAAAAAAUGUGUUUUUCU